UUUCAAAACUCCGCCAUGCACAUGCGCGUGGAGAGAACGAUGCUCCGCGCCCGACUUCGCACUGAGGAUAGCGACUGGCGCGACGCCGAGAUCAAGCUGAACCAAGUUAUUGGCAACAACGACGGCUGGUUCCAGUGGGGUGGCAGCGACCUCUCCGAGUCCACCCGCGAGUUGCGGUUGAGCAUCGAGGGUGGGGCCUGCUUGCCCAUCCUCCGUGCGGAGCUUCGCGACGAGCACGGCAACUGGAACACUCGCAAUCUGAACCUGGGCGAGCGCUUGAUCAAUCGGAAUGGUCACUUUGAACUCCGGUAG